AUGUCGUUUGAAAUGAACAAUUCAUGGCUUAAUUUAACAAAUCAUUCAGUUACCAAUGAUAAUGAUGAACGUUUCAAUUUUAAAUCAACUUCAGAAGAUUUCUUUACUCGUGAAGGUGAACGAUUUAUUCGUGAAGAUCCUAUGUUACCAUUUUCGAUUUCUAUUCUUACUGAUAUAACACAAAAUCAAGAUCAAUCAUGGUCAAAUGAAUUAAAUUCUGAUAGUCCUGGUUCGACAACAACUUUUUUUAUGGCUAAAUCAUCAAAACCUGAUGAAAUGCUCGAUGCACUUCUUGCUGGAAAAACUGAUGGCAUUGCUACAAAAGAAAAUCAACAACCAAGAUCGUUACGAAAUAUGGUUAAUGAAUGGACUGAAUCAUCAUUACUUAAUAAAAAAUCAACUAGUGGUCUCAAUUUACGUCAACAAAAAGAUUCACCUUUUAAUGAAGUGAGUCGUUCAUUAUUUGAAGUAAAACCAAAAUCUACAUCGACUAGUGUUAAUUGUGAUAUGCUUGAUUUAACAACAAAUAGUAAUAAUAAUCGUCGACAUAGCUUAGAUUUAUCUGAUAGUAUGUCAAUACUUUCACUUCAUUGUCGUCGUAAUCAUCUUCUUAAUGGAAAUAUUUAUUCGAAUUUGUGCUCGAAUGGAGAUGUAUCAACAGUUAAUACUGAAACUCAAACAUCUCAUUUGGCAGGAUCAUCAUCGUCAUCUUCCUCAACUAAUUCAUCACGCACUCAAAUACAUCAACAACAACAAACGCAACAACAACAGCAUGUGUUUCCAUCAACUCCAUUUCCAUCAUGGCCUUCAAAUCAUCCACAACCUUUAUUUUAUCCAGUAGUUUCUUAUCAUCCUAUUUAUUCUUAUGCACCAUCAACAUCAACAACAAUACAACAUCAACCAGCACCACUUUGUAUUCAUCCACCACCAACAACAAUUAGUAGUUCAUCAGAUAUGUAUAGUCAUCAUCAUGAUACAAAUACCCCAAUUAUUACUUCACUUCAUAGUCAACCAAGCGAUGAAAAAUCAUCAACAUCAUCUUUUCAACGUACUAGUCGUUCAUCAUCAUCAUCUUUACUUUCAGCUAAUUCACAACGUUUGAGUCAUCAUCAAUUAACUGAACAACAUGAUCAUUGGUGGCUUGAUAUUCCAUCAUCAAAUAUCAUUCGUAUGCCAUCAUGUUAUGUUAAUAAAACAAGUUCAAUUGAUGUACCAAUUAAAAAUAAUGGUUCAGUUGAUAUAAUAUUAUCUAUUAGUAUUCAUAAAUGGGAUAUUAUCUCAGAUACGAGUUCAAUGUCAAAUGAAAAUCAUCAAAUAAUUCCAUUUCAAUUAGAUAAAAUUGAAUAUAUGAUCAAAUCUCAACAAGAUAUAAUGAUCAAAGUACAUUUUUGUCCAUUUCAAACAGGCAAUUAUCAAUGUAAACUGAAUAUAAAAUGUCAAUUUUGUCUUCCACAUCAAUCACCAUUAUCAACAUCACUAGUUACAUUAGUUGGUGUUUGCUAUGACCCACGAAAUGAGUAUCCCAUAUUACUUUCGUCAACAAAAGAACAACAACGAAAUUCAGAUGAACAAUUUACUAAUCGUACGUCAUCCCAAAGUCAAGUAUCAGAUAUGUCAUUAGCAUCAACCACAGCUCAAAGUGAUGGCGAUCUUACAUCAACUAGUCAGCAUCGACAAAAAGAUGCUAUACUUGAUAUUGCUAAUCAAAUUGGUAUUGAACAGAAUAUACUAGAUUUUGGACAAGUGUGUAUUAAUGAUGAUUUAACAACAAAUUCAAAAACUCUUAAAUUAACAAUAAAAAAUUAUAGUCGAACAGAUCCAUGUGAUGUUGACAUAAGUGAACCACAUUUACCAUUUUGUAUUAGUGUACGUCGUGCUACAAUCAGAGAGAAAUCAUUCGUUAAAUUAACAUGCAAAUUUCGUCCUAAAAAAAUUGGUCUCUAUAGUGAAAAUGUUAUUUUAACAAUAAAACGACGAAAUAAUUUUAAAAUAACAAUUACAUUAACUGGUCGAUGUAUUAUGGGCAAUAUGAAUACCAUCCUACAAGAUUCAAUGGAAAAUGAAGAAUAG